AUGUUCGUACUUCCCCCACCACCGACGUCUACCAAACAGGCUCUUCCAGGGCUUUUGUCGAAACGAAAAGGCCCAGAACUAGCGCCUGUCCCGGAGGACCAUGAGUUUGUGAAUGCCCCUCCGGAAUUUGCUUCGCGUGCACGUGACGAGAUCCACAAGCGUCUGCUCUUGGGCAAGAAAGAUGGACAGUCCAAGGGGCGGCAACAGUGGCCUGUGUCUCGUCGUGGGGCUCCUGGAGAUAACUAUGACACGGUCUCUUUGGCUACCACCUCAACUUCGGGAUCCAGUCUUUUCUCGACCUCUGCGGCCACAAAUUCCACGGGCUUCACUAAUGCUAGCUCCGCUGCCUCAUUUCUUGACUAUAUGGAUAAACCUCGUACGAUAUCGUUACAGGAGGCUCUUCCGAAAACAUUCUAUGACAUGUACGCAUCAGAUCUGUUGCUGGAAUCUCAAAAUUUACUGUGCAACGGAAGGCCCAACUUUACAAAACGUGAGCUCCUGGACUGGGAUCUCAACGACAUUCGGUCACUUUUGAUAGUUGAAGCCCUGCGUCCCGAAUGGGGUCUUCAACUGCCUAUAGUCGAGUUCGACACUUCCUCUAUUGCGCCCGCUGCCUCUUCGUCAGAUAAUAGUAUGCUCCCGCAAUUUAGACUUCAGCUCCUGCCACUCGAUUCUCCAGAUGAUUUUAUUGCCCGAACUCUAGUGAAGUCCGAUAUGUAUCUAGAGGCAGACCUUGAUUACGAAUUUAAAUUGACGAGUGCUAAAUACACUGUGGCUGCUGCGCGAAAGCGUCAUGAAGAGUUAGUUGGAUACCAUGAGCCCAUAAUGAAUCUCUCUAAACCAGAAUGGAGAAACAUCAUUGAGAACUAUCUUUUAAAUAUAGCCGUUGAGGCGCAAUGCCGAUUUGAUUUCAAACGUACUUGCUCCCAGUACAAAAAAUGGAAACAUCAGCAAGCCCUCGUCAAGAAACCAGAUAUGCCGCCACCCUCCACAAUUCCAUCUCGUAAACGUGAAGGCUCCUUGCUGAAGAGAACCCUUUUGAGAAACACGGCGAUGAAACCGUCCUCUGACGAGCAGAGCCCAGUCACAAAGCCUGAGACCUCUUCUUCAGGAUUAAAGAUCUCACUCACAAGAGAAGAAAAGUCCAUGCUUUGGUCUCAAUGUCAGUCUCAAAUAUACCAAAGAUUGGGACUAGAUUGGACCCCUGAUAAAAUCUGA